AUGCUGGAGGCCAGGACACAAGUGUUUGAAAAUAUCAUUUCAGUCCUGAACCGUGAGGUUGACAGUGCCAACACCAAGCUGGCAGCAGCACUGGAGCAGAAGAAUGAGGAGCAGCAGAAAGUGAAAAUCUGUGAACAAAAAAUCACCGACUUACGGUGCACAUUGGCCACGAAGGAGAUGGCAAUAAAUGAGUUGCACAUGCGUCUGUCAACUCUCGAGCAAACCUCAUAUGAUGGGGUGUUUCUAUGGAAGAUCAGCAACUUCACACAGAAAAGUCAUGAUGCUGUAACAGGAAGAGCUAUCAGUCUUUACUCUCCAGCCUUCUACACUGCCAGGUACGGACAUAAGGUGUGCCUUCGCAUUUAUUUAAAUGGGGAUGGAGCCGGCAAGGGAACACACAUCUCUCUGUUCUUCGCCAUCAUGAAAGGGGAAUAUGAUGCUCUGCUGCCCUGGCCCUUUAAACACAAGGUGACAUUUAUGCUGCUGGACCAGAGUAACCGAGAACAUGUGUUUGAUGCCUUCCGCCCAGACGUCUGCUCUGCCUCCUUCCAGCGACCAGUCAGUGACAUGAAUAUCGCCAGCGGCUGCCCCUUGUUCUGCCUCUUGUCCAAACUACAGUCCUCCAAGAACAACUACCUAAAAGAAGACACCCUUUUCAUCCGCUGUAUCAUCGACACCAGCUCUUCAUAG